GUGAGAGAAGGGUUGGGAGGCCGGAAAUUGCGUCCUCAUUGCUCGCCUUUUCAAAAUGCCGCUGGGGCCUUAGGGACUGCGUCUGACGCCCCCUCCCCCCCGGGCUCGGCGGGGGAGCGACUCAUGGAGCGGCCGUGAGAUUUAUCAACAGACUGCAACUUCUUCACUGCCAAAAUGACAUCAUUUGCCACCUCUGCCCAGUGUUCAACAUCUGACAGUGCCUGCAGAAUCUCUUCAGAACCAGUUAAUCAGGUACGACCAAAACUGCCUCUUCUGAAGAUUUUGCAGGCAGCAGGCGCACAAGGUGAAAUGUUCACUGUUAAAGAGGUCAUGCACUAUCUAGGCCAGUAUAUAAUGGUGAAGCAGCUUUACGAUCAGCGGGAGCAGCACAUGGUACAUUGUGGUGGGGAUCUUCUGGGAGAGCUACUAGGAUGCCAGAGCUUCUCCGUGAAAGAUCCAAGCCCUCUCUAUGAUAUGCUAAGGAAGAAUCUUGUCACUUUAGCAACUGCUGCUACAGAUGCUGCUCAGACUCGCGCUCUCGCACAGGAUCACAGUAUGGAUAUUCCAAGUCAAGACCGACUGAAGCAAAGUGCAGAGGAAAGUUCCAAUUCUAGGAAAAGAACGGAAGAAGGCAAUAUUCCUGUACUGCCAACCUCACAACGUAAAUGCAGAAAUUCUAGGGAAGAUGAAGACUUUCUAGAAAAUUUAACCCAAGAUGAGACAUCUAAGCUGGACCUUGGGUUUGAGGAGUGGGAUAUAACUGGCCUGCCUUGGUGGUUUUUAGGAAACUUGAGAAACAACUAUACACCUAGAAGUAAUGGCUCAACUGAUUUACAGACAAAUCAGGAUAUAGGUACUGCCAUUGUUUCAGAUACCACAGAUGACUUGUUUUUGAAUGAGUCAGUAUCAGAACAGUUUGGUGUUGGAAUAAAAGUUGAAGCUGCUGGUACUGAGCAAACAAGUGAAGAAGUAGAGAAAGUGAGGGACAAAAAGGUGAUUGAAGUGGGGAAAAGUGAUGACCUUGAGGACUCUAAGUUCAUAAGUGAUGAUACUGAUGUAGAAGUUACCUCGGAGGAUGAGUGGCAGUGUACUGAGUGCAAGAAAUUUAACUCUCCAAGCAAGAGGUACUGUUUUCGUUGCUGGGCCUUGAGGAAGGAUUGGUAUUCAGAUUGUUCUAAAUUAACCCAUUCUCUUUCCACAUCUAAUAUCGCUGCCAUACCUGAAAAGAAGGAACAUGAAGGAAUCGAUGUCCCUGAUUGCCAAAGAACCAUAUCCGCUCCUGUUGUUAGACCUAAAGGUGCAUACUUAAAGGAAGAAAAUCCCAAACUUUUUGACCCCUGCAGCUCAGUGGAAUUCUUGGAUUUGGCUCACAGUUCUAAAAGCCAAGAGACCAUUUCAAGCGUGGGAGAGCAAUCAGAUAACCUUUUUGAACAGAGAACAGAUACAGAAAACAUGGAGGAUUGCCAGAAUCUUUUGAAGCCAUGCAGACUGUGUGAGAAAAGACCACGAGAUGGGAACAUUAUUCACGGGAGGACAGGCCAUCUUGUCGCUUGCUUUCACUGUGCCAGAAAAUUAAAGAAGGCUGGGGCCUUGUGCCCUAUUUGCAAGAAAGAGAUUCAGUUAGUUAUUAAGGUUUUUAUAGCAUAGCUGAAUCAGUGAAUUGCUGAAAAAUAACAGGGUCUGUCAGGUUCAUGUAUCAAAACAUCAGUAUUGAGUAUCUGUACUCAGUGUGACCAAUUCACGUAAACCUCUCUGUUCCAGGAUAUUUUCGUGUCUAAACUUAUGUGGAAUUUGAGAUUAAGUUCUUCAGAACUAGGUUAUCAACUUGGAGUCUCCUUUAACAUGAAAAGAUAUAUUAAUCAUUUCAUCUUCCCUCAAAGAUGAAGAUCUGGGAGGAAGCACCUAUCAGUACAAACAAAAAUACAUUCAUUCAUUCAUUUACCAAAUGCCUUGAGGAUUUAUCUUCAUUUAGUUAAUUUUAUUUUCUUCCCUACUCUUCUCUUCUGUUAGAGAAUGUUCUUAGGCAUCAAAAUCCAAGGUGGCUGUUAGAAAAAUAUUAAAGCUAGCAGUGAAAAAGCAUAAAUAAUUUGAUAAGUUAUGUAGAGCUUUAUGUUGCAGUCAGGCUUCUUGGUUCAGAAAAGCCAAAAGAAAAACAAGAUUUCUUCCAUGUAUGCCUAGAGUAAUAGUAUCAAACAUUUUGUCUAACGUACCCCUUAAAGAAUUUUGAAGAAGUAUUUAACAAUCUUUUGCACAGUUCAAACAUUGAAGUAUAAGAGCAAAUAAACUGUUCCCUUCUGAUGAACUGUAGGCUUCUGCAUAAGUGCCUAGAACAAGCUGUCCCCUCAGUGUUCCCUGUGCCCCUUCCCAGGUAGUCCCUCCACCAUCUCACCCUGGAUAAGUUUUCCCUCUGCAUGUGUUUAAUUUGACAUCUAAAUCUUUAGAUCUAAGUACUUACAAAAGAUACAUUGUCCAAUAUAUUGUAUACAUGCUUUAAAUAUAUUUUUUAUCAAAGCCUUGGAGCUAUCAAUUUAACUAAUUUUAAAAAGUCCUGUCAUAUAAAGUGGCAGCACCUGUUCUCAUUAUAAAAUUAAUCAGCUAAAUCAGACUUCACUUUCAGUCAGAAAAUGUUUGACUUUACUGUUAAUGCAAGUAAAUAUAUUAAGCUAUGUGUCUGCCAUGACCUUCUUAGUUAAAGUUGUAAGGUAGGUAGACAGGUAAGGCACAGUAUCUGUAACCAAAGCUGCUUUGCUUUCCUCUGUCCUCACGGUCUUUUGAGAGUCCUGUGGGGGUUUUCUGCUGGUUCUUGUCCGUUUCAUGCCUCUGGAGGUUUUUUUUUACACCCUGAGGCAGUGCCCCCUGGUCAGAUUCUAGAUGGGUGAGGGGAAGCCUUUUUGAUCACUGAGGUCUGGGCCAGGGAUUUCCAUUUGAGCAAGUGUUCUGGAAGCUGAUUCAAGUGGUUCACAGACCAUUCUUUGGGAAGCCCUGCUCUAGAAGGAAGGGUUUUUCCAGGUACAGGAAGUAGAACUAGGCCCCUGUAUUUAGUAUCAUAUUUAAUUUCUAGAGAAGUUUUGUUAAAGUUACAAAAUUUUAAAACUAAAACACACUCAUAUUCCACCCCUUUUAUAUUGCACAUGAGGAUAAAAGGUUGAAUGACUGCUGAAAGUCACAGCUAGUGAUAGAGCUAUUAAUGGAAUCCAAGUCUCUUGGAAAUCUUUAAGCUGUACUUCUCAUUAUUUGUUAAAUACUUGUGGUGCUUGUUGAAUUUGGGACAACUAAUAAUUAUAAAAUAUUGGAGAGUAGGAUUUGCAACCAAAAUAAGACUUUAGAUAAAAAGUAACUUUUAACAAUUUUUUUCUCCCAAAAGAGAAACAGGGCCAGUAAAUGUCAGGCAUCCUUACAGAAUCAGGUAAAUUACUCCUCCCACUGGGAAGGCAAGUAGAGGUGGCAGAGGAACUGAAUCAUUUUCUUCAGUAUUGUUCCUCUGGGGAAUGAAGCUCAGGUUACUUUGGCUUUCUCCAGGCAUGAGGGACAGGGUUUUUUCCCCCAGUAAGUUGAACAGUCCUUUCAGUUCACUGGUUUUUCAGUCUGUGGUCAGUGCUCUGAAAUUUCAGAAAGCUAGAUUAUUUUCCUCCUAUUUACUCCCUGCUUCCAGUACUACUAUGUUCAUAAUGGUUUCAUAGCCCUUUCUUUUGUUUUUAUUAGUAAAGUGCUUUUGCAAGUCAUAAGGGAGAGGCAGGAAGAAGUUGGGGCUCUGCCCUUGGACCCCAUAAUUCCAUUUAUGUAAAGUUGCAAUUUUUUUAGAAAACUUAAGACAUUUAAGAAUUUUGUUAUUGUAGAUGUUUGGUGCUAAUGUUGGUACAUCCUUGCCUAGCACAGAAUCCUCUUAGGCUACUCAGCUUUCCUUCUCCUUUUUGCUCUCCUGGGGUUUUCACUGACCCCAGUAGCGCUAAGAGCUUUGCUUAGAAGAUCCUAAGCUGUACGUUUGAAUGGGAAGUGUUACAACAAACCUACAUGGGGUUUUACUUACCUCUGUCGAGAACCUUUUGAAUGCCUUGAACCUGUUACGUAGAAGUGUACCUGCAGAAAGAGGUAUAGGUAAUAUUCCUGGGUAGCCUGUCUGAAAUCCAAGGUGCUGCCUCUCCUGCAGACUGUUUUCCUUCAUCCAGGAGCCUUAUUAAUGUCUUCUGGGAGCCAGCACAGCAGGUAGCAGUCCUCAGUUCUUGGGGUGCGAUGGGUCAGGGAUCCUAAAAAGAAGCAAAUAGUCUAUCAGAGCAAUUCUUUAUCUGCAGGAAACUUAAAAGCAUCUUCUUGAUCUGUUUUUUAUUUUGUUCUUCAGUGCCACUGCAGUACAGAUGUAUAUUUUACUCACUGCCAUAAAGCAAGGGAUAGUUGCUGUGUGAAGUCUUCAUAGUUCACUACUGUGAGAUAAACUAUUGACUUGCAAACACUACCGCAUCUUUUACUGCAGUCAGGGUGACCUUAUGUUCUCGUUUUCUGGAGACUGCAUGCUGGCGUACCACUGCUUUUCAGCAUCCUGUCCGACUUGUCUCCAUUUCUCCCUUUCACUCUCAAAUGUCUUCACUUGGACGCUCAAUUAUAUGGUCUUCCUAGUUAUAGGUGAGCCAUGCUUGAGUUGAAAUCCGAAUUGUGAGGAAAGGAUCUGUUAAAGUAGGUGUCAGUGGAAUUUAUUGUACCUGCUGCUUACAGAUGUAUGAUUACUGAAAUCAUCCCAUACUAGCAUCUGAUUUCUUAGUUAUCAUUUAAGUUAAUAUUUAUGAUUGUGUUAUCCUGGAAAAAAGUUCAGAGCAGAGAUGACAGAUGCUUAGGAAAGCAAUUUCUAGGUUACAGCAAAAAUGUCUCCUGGCUCUAAUAUUAACUCUACUUGCACUGUACUUAUAAUAUUGGAUAUGCUUUUGUAUUCAAUACUUAAAUUAGACUUUAUAAAUGAAAUCUUAAAGACCAAGCCUUUAAACAGAAAUUACCACAGUCCAUUUAUUGACUAGCAUAGGUUCCCAAUUCUAGGCUUGAACAGGGAAUUGGCACCUAGCUAGGCCAGCCUCCAUACUGCCAUGAGCUUCUCUAAUAGAAGGCCGAAUCACUGCCAGUAUUUGAAAUAUACAGGUGUGUUUAAUAAUAAUUUAUGCAUAUUUAGAUGUAUAUAAAUCUUGUGGGAUAUUAUUUUGUCUGUAAGAAUUUAUUGUUAAAGGUCAUGCCCAUUUGCAGCAUUUAAAAUGUUAAUUCAACAUAAUGUUGACUCCCUUGAAAAUACGUUAAUGAGAUACUGGUGACUUAGAUCUUGGGUUCUACAAAGCUAUUGCAUAUCUUUAGAAAAGAGGGAACUUGUUAACCAGUUCCUUUUUUUUUUUCAAGAGAGAUAUGAACUGAAAGUAUAUGGCUUUAGAUACUGUGAAUCUGUUGUUUUCCAUUUACCCACAUUCCAUUUACCCAUGUAUCUGCAUAAAUUGUUCAGACCCAUGUCCUGCAGAAGAAUCCAUUUGGAUGGUUCUCCUAUUCAUGGGUGUACUUGCGCACACUUAGACUAUUCAGCUGUGUUUAGCAUCUGCCCUUCAGAGGUAAAGGAACUUGCAGGCUGUCCCCUAUGCCAAAAGUAGAAUGUAUAUCUCCACAUUUCUGGGAUUGUGCCCUGCGGGGUUGCUGAGGUUACUUGGCUGGAAUUUCUCAGUUGUAAUGAGUGGACUUGCAGUUUAACAUAUGAGGAGAACCUUUAAGGAUCUUAGAGCUCAGCUGGAAGUGAGGAAGGAGUAUCUGAGGUAGUAGUUCAAGUGGCUCCCCAGACCUAAUCUGGGGACAGUGUUUCCAGAUUGCUUUGAGAUGUCCUUUCUGUUGACAGCUUUCCUUGAUGACUACUGCUAUGUUCUUCCUUUAUAAGAGCCACCAGGUCUCUUCUCUUCUGUGGGCCAAUGUCCCAUAAGCAUUUUGUGAUCUUUCUAUGGAAUGAGUGUGCAAUCCCAAGUAUUGCCAUUAUCAGUGAACAUCGUAUUGUUAAAUAAACAUUAGAAUAAACGUACCUUUGGGUUUACCUACCUCUGUCAAGAGCCUUUUGAAGAACUGUUACACUGAAAGAAGUGUACCUGCAGAAAGAUGUAGUUCAUAUUUCUGGGUAGCUUGUCUGAAGACUAAGGUGCCCCCUCUCCUACACACUGUUUUCCUUCAUCCAGGAGCCUUAUUAAUGUCUUCUGGGAGCCAGCACAGCAGGUAGCAGUCCUCAGUUCUUGGGGUGGGAUGGGUCAGGGAUCCUAAAAAGGGCCAAAUAGCCUAUCAGAGCAGUUCCUUUCUCAGAACAGCUGCUGUAAUAUGGCAAAUGCGUUAUUAAAAAUUGGCCUCAUUGUAACACCGAAAGUUUAUCAGAGCAUCUAGCUCAUUAUCCCAAGGUGUUUUUUUAAAUCAGUAAGUACUCUGAUCUCAGACAUUUCCCUCCUCCCUCCCUAACUGUUUGUUGCUCUUUCCUCUCGAAGGUCAGAGGUAUUAGCUACCUCUGGGUGUUGCUUUUAUGUCAAAGGCCCGCAUCUCUCCUUGGAUGGCUGUAACUACAGUACCUUCAGAUGAGACCCCACCGUGCAGGCAUUCCUGGGGAAUGCUUCUGUUGCAGAGGCGGAUUAGGAGGUGGGCUCUCCUAAGACAGGAGGCUGUGACACCAGAGCUACUAAUGAAAAAUAGCUCUUAGUCGGAGCUUUGUGAGCAUAAUGGGCAAAUGGGAAACAGCUCCCCGUCUCAGCGCUGAGAAACUGAGGUCAGCCUUCCCUCUUCCUAUGGAAGGACUUAUUCCCCCCUGUAGUCUGUCUUAUGUUUUCACUUCCUUUUAAAAAAGAAUCAGAAUAUUGAUUUUUCCUUUGGCUUUUUCUUUCCUCCUUUUAAAAGUAACAAAAUGUUUUAAAGGGGGACUGAAAUGUCUGGCCUCCUCAGCACUUGGCGAGAGAGGUCUUCAGCGGCCUCUGAAUAGGACUCCGUUGUCUCUAGCUAGGUACUGUCAAGUCCCUCUUGGAAAGAGAUGCGGAGGAAGAUUGUUCACUGUCUUGAGUCCCAGUCUUGACCUUCUUAAACUUCAAUUUUUUCAUCUGUACAAUGAGCGCACCCACUACCCUUUCUACCUCAUAGUUUGUCGUGGGAAUUAAGCAAGGCGGAGCAACUUAACCUGGAGUUGCCUCGCAUAAGCUAGUAGUGGCCAUGCCCUUGGCAUAGCAAGGUGUGGGGUAUACAUUCAUAAGACCUCAUCUCCUGGAAGCUGAGCACGAGCUCCCCUUUCUGCCUGCCCAGCGCAGCCCGCUUUUCCUCUCACCUGUGCCUCUAGAUCAGAUGUCUGCCUCGAGAUGAGGCUCUUGACUAAAAAAAAGUUCUGUCUCUAGAUUCUGAGAGUAGUGUGUAUAAAUUGGACAGUAGACAGGACUGCCAUGCUGAUAUACAAAAAUUCUCUUCCUAUAUGCACUUGAGUAGGUGGCAUAAAAUGCACUGUCAGUAUACAGAAAACAUACAGUUUUCCAAGUAACAAACCUGAUCAGGUAGUUAUAAUAACAUAGCGAAUAUGCUUCGUACAUUAGGAAGAAAAAAUAAUAAUUUAAAAUAACGAAUCAGCCAUCUCACUAAAAGAGGCCAGGAGACAUUUUCAUGUGUUCUCACCUAGUUUUUGUCAGCUCCACUGAUAGCUGUGUAUUUUCUGGUGUUUGCACUAUGUUAUGCUUUUUAAUACCCACUGAUGCUGUUAUGCUUUUUUGUGUAUUAAAUAUUUUUCAUUUUCC